GUAUGAGUGUUGUAGUUGGAGGUGCUGUCAACGUCUCCUCUAGUCAUCCCUUCCUGAAUGUUAUUGACCGGCUGGUUGUCGCUUUCUGUUGGCUUGGAUUUGAGUUCAGCCCCUUUCCCCGCGCCCCGUAUCCGAAUACGGUUUUCCUUCAACGUAAACCAAAGGUCCCGCCACUUCUUGCUUCACCCACUCUCCUUGUGGCCCUCCUCCUGAGGGCAGUGUGAGCGCUACUCAUCGGAAAGUGCCAGGGGAUCAUCAGCGAUUCUCCACUCACGAUGUCUGCAACUUCCUCCUUUUCUGCAAUCCCAGCUGGGAUGUCAUCGUUUUGCCAGCAAGCUUGGGAGCAGGUGUUUGCAAAGGUGAAGCGGGCUGUUGUGUUCAUGGACCCAGCUUGUGCUGAGAGCCUUCACUGGGGAUGUGGAGGAGCAGAGAGGCUGCUGCAGGCUGGGGCUCUCAAUGUCAAGGAGUUUUCCAGCUUUGAAGCUGGUGGGGCCGCAGAGCCCAAGGCAGCCUUUGUAGUGAGCACUUUGCUGAAGGGCAGGACGGUGGACAUCAUUCGUGACAUUGUAAGUCUCAGCCACUUCCAGUACUGUGUGGUUUUCACAGCAGUCAGUCAUGCAGUGCACUUGCAGGCCCACAAUGCUCCCAGCAGUGCUGAGGUUGAAGGUGGUGGCCAAGUAGUUUUUGAUCAGUUUGAAGAGAAGCUCUGCCAGUGGAUGGGCAACAUGAACUACACUGCAGAGGUGCGACAUGCCACUUUGUUUCUGGCACCCAUUUCACCUCACCUUUUUGUAACACCUGCCUUUUCCUUGGUUUUCCCCUUGAUGGCUCAGGAUUUGACAGGAAUCAAUAAAGCUAGACCAGAGAAGAAAAAGUUUGCUAACUUGAGUGAUAUUGACUUCUCAUCCCUGUCUUCAGAGUUGCAGCUUGGGAUCAGGAUACUGGUUUCUAAUCUCAACAGCUUAUUUGAGUACCUCAGUGUGCGUGAGGAAUGUUUUGCUGUAGGAACACUGAGCAGGAUCAUUGCAGGGGAUCUGGCAAAUUACUCCCAGGCGAAGACCAGAAGGAAAACUGCACAAAACAGAGCUUCUGUUAUCUUUGUGGACAGAACAUUAGAUCUGGCAGGAGCAGUUGGCCAUCAUGGUGACAACCUAGCAGAGAAGAUUCUCUCUGUGCUUCCCAAACUUCAAGGUCAUACAAAUGAUGUGAUGGUUAACAUGAUGGAACUCACGAACCUGCAGAAUGAUGAUGCAAAUUGCAGCAUUAUCGCACCAGGCUGCUUGGCACAACCAAAUGAUCCAGCUGCUAAAGCUCUGUGGGAGUCCUUAAUGAAUCUCAAACAGAAAGAAGCAGUGAUGGAAGUUAGGAGACACCUAGUGGAAGCUGCAAGCAGAGAAAAUUUGCCAAUCAAGAUGAGCAUGGGAAGAGUCACCCCUGAACAGCUCAGCUCAUAUAUCCUGCUCUUCAAAAAGAAGUUUGAAGCUCUUGAGAACCAUUGUGGGCUUCUGCAGAUUGCACUGGCUAUUGUGCAGACGCUAAAACACCCUCAAAGUGCCAAAUGGGACAACUUUCUAGCUUUUGAAAGGGUACUUGUGCAGAAUAUUGGGGAGUCAGCAUUACCUAGUGUCCUGAAACAAUUGCUGCCUAUCAUCAAGUCUCAUAAUAACAGGACAGAUAAUGAUUAUACUCCCGAAGACUUCCUUGUUUUGCUGGUGUAUAUUUACUCCAUAGUUGGGGAAAUGAAAACUGGAAAAGAAUUAGAUGAGGCUGAAGGAGAAGUGAAGGAAGCCCUUGCCCAAUCAAUUUGUGAUGAACCUGAGCUGCCUACCUUACUGCAGAAAAUAACAGGCUGUGAGUCUUCCCUUGAUCUGACAUUUCAGAAGGCCAUGGUUGCAGUGAAUGAGAUCUUUAAGACCCUCAGGGACAUUACAAGAGCUCGGACACACAUGAAACAGUUUAAUUCUAUACAUAUCCCAGGAAGCCAUACUCAACAGGCCUCUUAUAAACCAUUGCUGAAGCAAGUGGUGGAGGACAUAUAUAACCCUGAUCGACCUGACCCUAUUGAUAUUGAACAUAUGUCUUCUGGGCUCACAGACCUUCUCAAAACAGGAUUCAGUAUGUUUAUGAAGGUGAGCCGCCCUCAUCCUAGUGAUCAUCCUCUAGUGAUCAUCUUCAUGGUUGGUGGAGUGACCGUGUCUGAAGUCAAAAUGGUAAAGGACCUUGUCACGGCACAAAAGCCUGGAGUACAGGUAAUUGUCCUCUCCACAACUCUCCUGACGCCACUUAGCAUUCUGGAUUUGCUGUUUGCCACAGACCAUCUACAGCCAGACAUUGGCCUCUGAAGAGCAGAGAAACUGUCAAAUAAGAUAAGCACCUGGCCCAAAUGGCAGCCAAUAUCUAAACCCGGCUGCCUUCUGUCCCUUGAGACAUUCUUGCAAAAAUGAGAGGCCUGAAAUUGCUAUGUCCUUGAUUUUUUAACACUGCGGGAAAUAGAUUGGAAUGCUGCCUGUAAAGAACAGCACCUAUACUAGCAGAGGGCUUGAAAAUCUGCUCUUUUCUUCAGUGACGUCAAGCUGAAAUUGAGUUCCUCUGACUGCAGUAAUGCUGUAUUUUGCUGAAGUUCUUUAUCUCCAGCUUGUUAACACUGCUAGUGUUUGAAGGCAGUUUCAGAGGGUAAAGAUCACUGACUAUAACAGUUUGCUAGGAAGAUUGUAGAACGACCGAAGAUAGCAACAGGAGCUUCCAUUUUUCUUCUGAGCCUUCCCUUCCCUUUCUUUAGCAGUCUUGCACAUUGGAGGGGGGGUGUUGUGAAAGAAGAUGCCACCAGAUAAAUUGUUGAGCAGUGAAUGGCAAAUUUGGUCUUAAACGCUUUACAGAGUUUUAUGCCUUAAUGUCUUCUUUAACAAUCUCUUUUAGAGGGGUGUGUGUUAAUUCUAAUAUUGGGUAGGCUUUAUAAUAGUAGCCCAAUUACAAGUGAACAGGCAUCUCCGUGGGAACAAAAAGGACUGGCAUUGCCUGCCAAUUGCUUUCCCAAAGAACUCCAACUUGUGCAACAUGAAGUCACUCCCCUAAAUGGUGCUAGUCUUCUAAGUUGUACUACACAGAAGAUAAAAUUCUGAUAGCAUUCCUGCACCACAAAAUCCACCCAGUGGAGUUGGAGAUCUUGAGGCUGGAAAGCUGAGUAUCAAAAUAAAGGUGUGAAAUUGCUUCAGAAUUAUCAGAAGUGGACACCACCAUAGGGUACCAUCUAGACUCAGUUUACAGCAGUCUGAGGAGAAGUUUAUACAUUCAGUCAGACCACAUGGUAAAGCCACUCCUAAACAUCCAUUCAAGGCUUCCCCCAUUGAUGGGGGGGACCUCCAUUCACUUAGAAAACUGGCAUAUCACGGAAAAGGGUCAACUACCUGAUAUAUUAGUUUUCUAUAUAAAGGGAGUCUUCCAACCUCAUCACCCCUGUUGUAUUUAUGUAUUGGACAUAUAGCCUGCCCAUCCCAAGAGCUCAUGGUGGUAAUUAUUCUACUCUAACCCUUGCUGCCAAGACAUUCAAAUGUGAAACACGCCACCACUGUACCAGAAAGAAAAACUUUACCACUUGAGUCAAUUGAAUAUAUUAUAAGGCAUGAUGUUCAUGGCAGCAACCAUAUAGGAAUACAUUUUUGGGCAGAUGAGGGAUUAAUUGGAUGGAAUAUUUCACUUUAUUUAGUGUCUGUCUCUCUCAAUCUCAAUCUCUUACUCUCCCUUCCCCAAUUAUAUAAUGAGAGGAUUAUAAUGACAUUAGGUGGAAAUGUCAAGAAUAUAGCUAAUUGUCUUCUUACACUUCCUUUCCUUUUCCUUUCUUUUUUAAUAACAGUGUUAGAAUAGUUUAAGGCUAGGAAAAUAGUGCCCAAAAUAUGAGUUUUCCUUUCUUUCCUGAAUGGCGUAUUUCAACUGCUUCAAGCAGCUAGUGGUUCUUUGUUUUACAGCUGUAGAAUCUAGCUAGAUGCGGAGUUUUUCAGUGUAACCUAUUCCAGCGCCUUUGAGACCAUGUUGCAAGCAGCACUAGUUGAGGCCUCCGCCAAUGUAGCAGACGCAGACAAUCCCUUUAUAGUUUCAGUGCCCUUAGCGAAGAUAAUCUAAAAUCGGCCAUAAUAUGACACUUUGGUUAACAGAAGAAAACAAAGGCUUGUUUAUGAAACAUUGCUCACAGGAAAAGACACACUUUGAGUAUUUACUUAGGGCAAUAAACUAUGGAUGUGCUGGCAUGCUGUAUUUGAUAGACAGGUGACAAAUCAGUCAAAGCAGAUCUGUAAAGCUAUUUAUUGGAAGCGCUUAGGAAGGAGAAAGGCAAAGACAAGCAGUCUCCAUGGUUACCAUUCCAUUUCUGUCACAUUGUGUUAAAAGACUGUUUUGGAAAUUAUUUGAGGGGGAAAAAAUAGAUGUUACGGAAACGGUGCCACUUUCCUAUAUGUCUCUUUGUUGAAAUCCUGGUGGGCUUGGUUACAUAGACCAUUUUUUUUUUUAUCAGAGUCUGAUCUGCUGGCAGCUGCUCCUAAUAUCCUUUGGGAAGCUUUGAAGCCGGACUACAGGCAAUCUCCUUCAAUCUACUUGAAUGGGAGCUCCUGUGCACUAUUCGUGAUUGCUCUGCCAUGGAGCUGGCCACGGCUUCACUGGAGCAGGGAUUCAGAGCAGAAGAAUUAGAGGAAUGCCAGAGACUGCACUGUGUGCAGCUCACGCGGAGUGUCCAAAGUAGUCACUUGGGAGUUUAUUUUAAUAAUCCUAUAUUAGAAUAGAAAUGCAGGUGCAGGCCAUAGUUGUAUGGCCUGCUACUACUGCAUAGCAAGCCCAUCAGCAAAAGGAGAGCAGUUAUCUUGAAAGGGGAGGUGUCCUUCCUUGUCCUGGGGUGCUAACAGCAACCCCCCGGCCCCCACACAUACACUGCUGCCAUUACCAAAAUUUGUCAGUGAAAUUCAACAGCAUCAACAACAAAAAGCAAUAAUUUUGUUUUAGAGCAGGGCACCCAGGGAGCAUAUGUGGAAGCAAAAUCAUGCUACGGGGUGGCUUUGGGAGCACAAUUCUGCUUCCAAACAAGCUGCAUGUAAAAUGGCCACUUUUUCUUUUGCCACUGCUGCAAAUGUGACAGUGGCGGUCAAGCAGGGCCUGUACAGAAGGCCAGUGGAGCGCAUGCAGUCCACAUGUUUCCCACCCUUGCUCAAAUACUUUGAAGAAGCCCCUCUCUCUACCUCUUUUUUUAACAGAUGGAAGAAGUGCCCUCAGUUCCUAGUACAGGGUCUCAAGAACCAUAGGAAUGGCUUUACAGAACAGGUGACCUUUGCACAGGAGUUGCUAUAGCGGUUGCAGUACAAGCCUGGGGAUGCACUACAAAAAUCUGAAGUUGGAGAACGUAAGGCUGUUGGAGGGGGCAGCAUUGUUCUACUCUUGUGUAGUGUUUCUGAAAGGAGUGAGACUGCUUCCCUUCUAGGAGGUCACUGACCUAACCAAUGUCUUUUAGCCCCUUAUGGCUAGGGUGACCAUAUGAAAAGGAGGACAGGGCUCCUGUAUCUUUAACAGUGGCAGAGAAAAGGCAAUUUCAGCAGGUGUCAUUUGUAUAUAUGGAGAACCUGGUGAAAUUCCCUCUUCAUCACAGCAGUUAAAGGUGCAGGAGCUAUACUAGAGUGACCAGAUU